AUGAUACGAGGAGGCGCACCCGCGGCUACCACCGUUGUCCGCGGGUUUCAGACUUCAGGCGGUUCGGGAGACGAUGAUUCCGACCAUGGGCGUGCGACACCGCGACUCAUCGCCGCCGACAAGGCUGCCACCCCGAUCCUGCGCGGCCGUCGUUCCAAGAACCCCAUCAUCGACGACGUCGUCAGCGCCAACUGCAGCCCCGCCUUGCGACCGGUGGCCUCUCCCGCUAUGAGCGGCAUCGGACUUUUGCGAUCCCAGCAUGUCGACUCCUUCAACCUCGACAGCGCGAGCACUUCGCGCGCGAGCUCCGUGACUCGUAGCGGCAGCCUGCCCAGACUCGGGUCGCCACUGGCCCGACCUCGCGGUGGACGUCGUGUGCGCAACGCAACAAAUAGCAGUGACGGAAGCGGGGACGAGGCGGCCUCCGAGUUAUCGACCUCGUACGAGAUCAGCCUGGAGAACGACUUUGUCAGUGCGAGCGCCCCGGACCAGGGUUUUGCUUCGGACAGCCCCACCCUCUUCGAGGCCAUCGAGGGAGACCUCUCGAGCCGCCCUCUCAAGAAGACAGCGGACGACUUUGAACCCUUGCGAUGCUUGGGCAAGGGAUCCUACGGCACAGUCAUCCUGGUCAAGCAGCGAACUACUGGCAGACUGUACGCGCAGAAGCAGUUCAAGAAGGCCUCGCUCGUCGUGCAUAAGAAGCUCGUCGAGCAGACCAAGACAGAGCGCCAGAUCUUGGAGUCUGUUAACAAGCAUCCGUUUGUCGUCAAGCUGUACUAUGCAUUCCAAGACAGGGAGAAACUGUACCUCAUACUCGAAUACGGCCAAGGCGGAGAGCUUUUCACACAUCUCGCCGAGGAACGCAUGUUUCCUGAGCCGACUGCAGCCUUCUACCUGGCUGAGAUGGUACUGGCUCUCUCGCACCUGCAUGACGAGCUGGGCGUUGUCUACCGUGACCUCAAGCCCGAGAACAUUCUCUUGGACUCCGAGGGCCACCUGCUUCUCACAGACUUUGGCCUCUCGAAGGUUGCCACUGAUGAUGCCGCUUGCAAUUCCAUGCUCGGGACGGUCGAGUACAUGGCUCCCGAGGUGAUCAAGGGCGAGAAAUACGGCAAGGCUGUGGACUGGUGGUCGCUUGGGGCGCUUGCCUACGACCUCAUGACGGGCAGUCCGCCGUUCCGCGGCAACAACAACCACAAGAUCCAGCAGAACAUCCUGAAGCAGAAGCUGGUCAUACCCUACUUCCUCAGCCCUGACGCGAAGGACCUCCUGAACCGUCUACUCCGUAAGGAGCCAAACAAGCGCUUGGGAAGCCACAUGCCAAAGGACCUGGCCAUCAUCAAAGGCCACCGGUUCUUCCGCAAGAUCGACUGGAAGAAGCUGGCCGCCCGCGAGAUGGAGCCGCCCAUCCAGCCCAUGAUCACCGACCCGGAGCUCGCAGAGAACUUCUCUGCCGAGUUCACGGAGCUGAGCCUCAGCCCGCGGACCUCCCUGGUUGAGCCGUUCAGUCCGACGGCAUCCAACUCGGAGGAAAAUCCGUUUGGUAACUUCAGCUUCACUGCGAGCCACAGCUUGCUGAACUCGCAUGGAUUUGCGUGUCUUCAGAAAGCUUGA